AAGGGGAAUGUCAACUCAAAUUUUUAAGUUCAUUCAAGUUCCUAGAUAUGCAUUAAAGUGUAGAAGUCUCUGACAUUAUUAGAAGUAAACAUUAGAAGAUUUCUUACAUUUAUAACAUUUUUUAUAUUUUAAAUCAAACUAUUAAAAUGGAUAAAGCUGAAAAACUCAAAGCAGCACGUAAAAAGCUAAAAGAAUUCCAGACACAUAAGCAUGACCCAAAAGAUGUUAACACUGGAUCCAACCUUGAUAAUACCCAAGCCGUCCAGGAACAACCAGCAUUAAUAACAUUUGAUAAGUUAGAAAAUAUUCAGCCUGUCGCUUCAACACAAGAUUCAGUUCCCCAAAUAUCAAGUUAUUUUGGUGGCGAUAGUGGCAGCGCUUUUGACAUUCCCCAACAGAUAAUGCAAUCUGCAGAAGUGAAAGAUAUUCCCGUACCAACUUUUACUAACGAAGUUCCUUUUCAACAAUUUAAAGAGCAGCAACUCGAAAUGUCAACUCAACCUUUUGUAACUCCAACUGCAUUUGCAUCACCAUUUGAUUCAGAACAAUUUCAGUCUUCAAAAAGUAAAAUCAAGGAUCUCCAAGAUCAAUUGGAGCAACAAAAUUAUCAAAUGACACAAUUGAAAUCUGAAUUGGAUUUCCACCGGCAAACAGCGAUAAAUCUUCAAAGAAAUAGUGAAGAGCUUAACAAACUUCGUCAAGAGACUCAAUCACAUGUAGAUGUUGUUAAAGUUCUUGUAUCCGAGAAAGCCAAUCUUCUUGAUUCGUUACAAAAAUCGGAACUUGUUGUAAAAGCGAAAGCCGAUGAAAAUGACGAACUUCAGAACCGGCUGAAUGUCUCACGACAUCGUGUAAAACAGUUGGAAUCAGAAAUCAAAAACUAUUCUGACAAAUCGUUCCAAGAUCCAUCAGUGGAAACCAAAAAACUUGAAGAAUUUGUUGCCGUUCGAGUAAAAGAUUUAAAAGAUUCCAAUGAAAAGAUUGAAGCUGAAAGAAACGAAAUAAAAUUAUUGUUGAAUCAGAAACGAAUUGAAUUAGAGAAUCUUCAAAAGAAUUUUGAUCAUCUUAAUACAGAACUUCAUCUUGCCAAUGUAAAAAUUGCACAAUUAAGCGAUGGUUCAACUCCUGUUGAUAAUUCAAAUCAACAAAUCAAUUCAUUGAAUCAAGAAAUUGCGAUUAAACAACAACAGAUAACCGAACUUUAUUCAAUCAUUGACCAAGUAAAUCGAGAUAAAGAGGCAAGUGACAAUCAAUACCAAAACUACGUGUCACAUCUUACACGAGAAAUGGAAACCCUCAAAGAAAAUUCAACUGAACUGAGUACCGAAAAUGAUUCGUUGGUGAAACGCGAACAAGAACUUCUACAACAUGUUAGCGAUCUUGAGCGACAAAUUCAACAGCAAAUACAAAAGCAAAAAACUUAUGCUGAAGAUCAGCAAGAAGAGUCGACUGGUCCAUUACAAGAAGAACUUCAAAAGCUUUCUAGUCAAAUCACGGCACUAACUGAGUCAAAUGAAAGUCUUAAAGCACAAAUGAGUAAAAUUGAAGUUGAAAAAUCAGAAAUUGAACGCAAAUUCCUUCUCAAAGAAGAAGAAAUGAAAAAUAUGGAAGUAGAAUUUGAGAAUUUUAAAACAAAUAAACCAAAUCUUUCGAAAUUAAUGACCGACUUUGAAGAUAAAUCUGUUGCUGCUUCACGGGCAUUAUCACAAAAUCAAGGACUUAAAGAUCAACUUGAUGAAAUGCAACGCGCCUUUAUAACAAUGACAAACGACAAAAUGGAAUUAACAGACAAACUUCAAUCAGAAAUGCAUCUUUGCAAGGAAAUGAAAACACGAUACGAUUCGAUGGAAGUUGAAUUGCAAGCAACGAAGGAUAAAUGGCAUUACAAAGAGGAUGAAAUGAUCCGUCUGUCGCAUGAGAAUACAGAAUUAGAAAAGAAAAUCAUGCAGCAGAAUAUAGAAAUUGAUCGAUUGCGCCAUUACGAAAAAGUGACAACAUCUGAAGAAAUAGUUUCAGACGAGACAAAAUUUUUAACAAAUGGCGAUGAAAAUUCACCACGAAUUGAAACAAAUAAUGAUGAGAAGCAAACGAAAAUUUCAGUGACACCAUCGAUAGCAACUGAAGAAGCACUUGAGAAGCUUCAAUCGAGAUUUCGACGAACAAUGUUGGAAGUUGCUGAGUUGACAGAAGAAAAGCAGAGACUUGAACAUGUCGUCACACAACUUCAAUUCGAAACGGAAACAAUCGGCGAAUAUAUAACACUUUAUCAAUAUCAACGAAGAAUGUUGAAACAGAAAGAACAUGAACGUGAUAUUCAGUUGAAGAACCUUGCAGCAGAUCGCGAGAAAAUGAACGAAAAAUUAUUGCAAUUAAAUGGUUUAAUUGAGAAAUUUGUUCUUCAACAUGACAACAAUAUUGAGAUGGGAAAUGAAGCAACAAAGCUUCUUGAACAUGAAUCAGAACCAAUUAUCAUCAAUCCUGAUAAUCGUGAUCAUCAAACCAGUAAAAAUUUGAUGAAAUUGAAGGAAGAACCUGCCGGGAAAAUUCUUGAAAUUCUCUCCGAUAUUAAAACCGUCAACGCAACAUCGUACGAGCCAAAUGUUGGUGUUGAGCAUUGCUCGUGUUGUCUUGGAAAGCUUGAAACUGUUUAA